ACGAUUGAGCACCGGCAUGACCAGUUAGGAGGUUGGGUCUAGUAUUUUGCUAGAACGGAUUUUAAACUUCCUUGAUUCGCUAUCAGCAUUCGGAAAUGACGUAGCGGUUACUGUCGUCUUGAGUAAAAAUUCUAUUAGCAGUAGAUGCUUUGAUCUUGAAGCGGAUCUUCAGCCUAGAUUCCUUCCUUAUGAAUUCUUAGUAAACAAAGGAAUAUGUCAUUUUCAGCAGCUCUUCUUUUUUAUGGCCUAUCAGCAGCUUUAAUCGUUGAUUCAACUUUUCUUUGUCCAUAUUCAGUGACAUGCUCAUGCGAUUCACCAAAGAGGAACUUCACGUUUUGUGCAGCCACUUUAACAGAUGAAGAACAUUUCUGUCAAACUUACUCUGUUUGUGAAAAAUGCAAAGCACACUUAACUCAUUGCGAAAUCUGCAGAAAUAAGUUUGAUUGCAUAAAUGAAGAGAAUGCAGAGAAAAGAUUACUUCGCACAAAACGGCAAUAUAGCGUUACGAAUGCCAGACAGAGAUAUCCUGGAUAUCCAUGUCCAGAGUUAGGAAGUCCAAAGUUAGGAUCCAUAAGAUGUAACCAAGAAAGAAACAUACGAACGUGUCGAGGAACAUGCUUGCCGGGUUAUCGUUUUGAAAAUGGUGAAAGAGAUGAUAUUGUGCUAACUUGUCAACGUGGAAGAUGGAGGCCUCUUUCCUCUUUCCCUGCAUGUGAAA